AUGAGCGACUGCUUGAAGCCCAUAGUCGCUCCAGAUAGUCUCGUGAUUUUACUGAAAAAAGCAGCAGUGCCUCCCACCGCUCUACUAAGCUUCUGGGGCGCUCACAGCAGCGUACAUCGUACGACGUGGACGGAGGUGUAUAAUGUUCGCGGCUCUUCCGAAUCUGUCUAUUUCGGACACAUCACCGGCAGGACUCCAAUCCAAUGCAAUUACAUCAAGAAUAAUAUGGAUAACCCUAUCGCUAUCACACUCGAACGCGAGGUAUUUCUGUCGCUCGAGAUUCAAAUGUCUUCAAUCAUCGUAGAGACAGUCACCUAUGGUCUAUAUGUCGGUAUCUUCAUGCUAUCAACAUACUCUAUCGUCUCUCAUUGGGGCCUUUCUGUGCUAUACACCAUUCUGGACGUUCGAAUUCAAAGCUACAGGCUCAUAGAAGCCAAUCCAACAUAUCCUUCCUCCCUGCUUUACACGCAAAUCAUUCAAGCAUAUCUGUCGUUUAUAAUGUACAUUAUGAACGAUGCAGUUGUAUUGUGGAGGGCGUGGUUAUUAUGCGGACGGACUGGCAGAAAGGCGAUUUAUAUUGUGAGCGCGUUGACGCUGGCCGUUGAAAUUGGCCUUUCAGUCUCCAGUAUAGUUAUGUUACCUCCAAACCGGGACUCUUUACUGCAGCAGAUGACAGUAAACGGGAGCCCAGAAGAGCUCGGCCUUGUAAUCAUUCUAUUUUUCUAUGUUGUACCCUCGAUGACAUUUUCUCGGCCGACAGGCAGCAUCGUUAUAUGCCUGACGCUCUUCCUGGCAAGAACAAUAAACUCAAACGUCAACCAUGAUCCUUUUUCAUGGGUAGAAGUAUUCUACACAGACUGGAAACUCGUCAUGAACCAAAUCACGGGUAUAUAUCCCACGCUCAUCGUCGUCCUAGUCUGCAUGAAAAAGACGUUCCACGAAAAUGUAUCAGCUUCCCCGGUCAACGUAUGGACGCCAAGCCGAAUAGAAGAUAAGGUCGUGAUACCUGGUGCCGACCCUAGGCCUCAACAUCGACCUCUUGCUGAGGCGAACUCUCCGUCGAUUUUUGUGGUCGAGGGCGACGAGCUGUACUACCAGAAUUGUACAACUGGCAUCGGAGUCCGCGAACUGUACACGUACUUGCGGACCUUGUUCUCCUCUCCGAGUAGUGGCCAAAACAAUCUUGGUUACGCCACCUUUGAGGGCCACACGGCUUCAAACGAAAACUUGUUACAGCCGGUCAUCGUAAAUACAAAACAGCAAUGA